UUUUGUUGUCGCUGAGGCCGGAAGAGCCGCGGGAGCCGGGUCCCUGUCCCUGGGCCGGGCGCCGCCGCCGCCCCCUGCCCAGCGCCCGCGUCUCCGCGGCGCCCCCACCCCCAGCGCCAAUAUUCCGGAGAUCAAGCGAUACGCGGCGGCGGCGGCGGCGGCGGCGGCGGCGGGGCCCGGAGCGGGAGGCACCGGGGACCGGGGCGAGGCGGCCCCCGCCGCCGCCAUGGAGGCGCUGGGACCGGGACCUCCAACCAGCCUGUUUCAACCACCUCGUCGCCCUGGCCUUGGAACUGUUGGAAAACCAAUUCGACUGUUAGCCAAUCAUUUUCAGGUUCAGAUUCCUAAAAUAGAUGUGUAUCACUAUGAUGUGGAUAUUAAACCAGAAAAACGACCUCGGAGAGUCAACAGAGAGGUAGUAGAUACAAUGGUGCGGCACUUCAAGAUGCAGAUAUUUGGUGACCGGCAACCUGGCUAUGAUGGCAAAAGAAACAUGUACACAGCACAUCCACUGCCAAUUGGACGGGAUAGGGUUGAUAUGGAAGUGACCCUUCCAGGUGAGGGUAAAGACCAAACCUUUAAAGUGUCUGUUCAGUGGGUAUCAGUUGUGAGCCUUCAAUUGCUUUUAGAAGCUUUGGCUGGGCACUUGAAUGAAGUCCCAGAUGACUCAGUACAAGCACUUGAUGUUAUCACAAGACAUCUUCCCUCAAUGAGGUACACUCCGGUGGGUCGUUCUUUUUUCUCACCUCCUGAAGGUUACUACCAUCCUCUGGGAGGGGGCAGAGAGGUUUGGUUUGGCUUUCAUCAGUCUGUGAGACCUGCUAUGUGGAAUAUGAUGCUCAAUAUUGACGUGUCCGCAACUGCUUUCUACCGGGCUCAGCCUAUCAUCGAGUUCAUGUGUGAAGUUUUAGACAUUCAGAACAUCAAUGAACAGACCAAACCGCUAACAGAUUCCCAGCGUGUCAAGUUUACCAAAGAAAUCAGAGGUCUUAAAGUUGAGGUGACCCACUGUGGACAGAUGAAACGAAAAUAUCGAGUUUGUAAUGUGACUAGACGGCCAGCCAGUCAUCAAACUUUUCCUUUACAGCUAGAAAAUGGGCAAGCUAUGGAAUGUACAGUAGCUCAGUACUUUAAGCAGAAGUAUAGUCUGCAGCUGAAAUACCCCCAUCUUCCAUGUCUCCAAGUGGGACAAGAACAAAAACAUACAUAUUUGCCACUUGAGGUUUGUAAUAUCGUGGCAGGACAGCGAUGUAUAAAGAAGCUCACAGACAAUCAGACUUCUACAAUGAUCAAAGCUACAGCAAGAUCAGCUCCUGACAGACAGGAAGAAAUCAGUAGACUGGUGAAGAGUAACAGCAUGGUGGGUGGACCGGAUCCAUACCUUAAAGAAUUUGGUAUUGUUGUCCACAAUGAAAUGACAGAGCUCACAGGCAGGGUACUUCCAGCACCAAUGCUGCAAUACGGAGGCCGGAAUAAAACGGUAGCCACACCCAACCAGGGUGUCUGGGACAUGCGAGGAAAGCAGUUUUAUGCUGGCAUUGAAAUUAAAGUUUGGGCAGUUGCUUGUUUUGCGCCUCAGAAACAAUGUAGGGAAGAUUUACUAAAGAGUUUCACUGACCAGCUCCGUAAAAUCUCUAAGGAUGCGGGAAUGCCCAUCCAGGGUCAGCCAUGUUUCUGCAAGUACGCACAAGGUGCAGACAGUGUGGAGCCCAUGUUCAAACACCUGAAAAUGACCUAUGUGGGCCUACAGCUAAUUGUGGUUAUCUUGCCCGGGAAGACACCAGUGUAUGCGGAGGUGAAACGUGUUGGAGAUACCCUCCUGGGUAUGGCCACACAGUGUGUCCAGGUAAAAAAUGUAGUGAAGACCUCACCCCAGACCCUUUCCAACCUUUGCCUGAAGAUAAAUGCAAAGCUCGGAGGAAUUAACAACGUGCUUGUACCUCAUCAAAGGCCCUCGGUGUUCCAGCAGCCUGUCAUCUUCCUGGGAGCAGAUGUCACACACCCCCCGGCAGGGGAUGGGAAGAAGCCUUCCAUUGCUGCUGUCGUUGGCAGUAUGGAUGGCCACCCCAGCCGGUACUGUGCCACCGUUCGGGUGCAGACCUCCCGCCAGGAGAUCUCCCAGGAGCUCCUCUACAGUCAGGAGGUAAUUCAGGACCUCACUAACAUGGUUCGAGAGCUGCUGAUCCAGUUCUACAAAUCUACACGCUUCAAACCCACUCGGAUCAUCUACUACCGUGGAGGGGUAUCAGAGGGACAAAUGAAACAGGUCGCCUGGCCAGAGCUAAUAGCAAUUCGAAAGGCAUGUAUUAGUUUGGAAGAAGAUUACCGGCCAGGAAUAACCUACAUUGUGGUGCAGAAGAGACAUCACACACGACUUUUCUGUGCAGAUAAAACAGAAAGGGUGGGGAAAAGUGGCAAUGUACCAGCAGGCACUACGGUGGACAGCACCAUCACACAUCCAUCCGAGUUCGACUUUUACCUCUGUAGUCAUGCAGGAAUUCAGGGAACCAGCCGUCCUUCACAUUACCAGGUCUUGUGGGAUGACAACUGCUUCACCGCAGAUGAGCUCCAGCUACUAACUUACCAGCUCUGUCACACCUAUGUGCGGUGCACGCGCUCAGUCUCCAUUCCAGCUCCUGCAUAUUAUGCCCGGCUUGUAGCUUUCAGGGCACGGUAUCAUCUGGUGGAUAAAGAUCAUGACAGCGCGGAAGGCAGUCAUGUGUCAGGACAGAGCAAUGGCCGGGAUCCUCAGGCCUUGGCCAAGGCAGUACAGAUCCACCAUGAUACCCAGCACACGAUGUAUUUUGCCUGAGAGUCUCAGAAAAAGAACUCAACCAAUUUGGCACCCCAUGCAGCCUCAAAAUGUUUCAAAUGCCUACCGCCUCUAGAGAGAGCCAAGUUGACUUCAGGUGGUCUUCUACGAGCAGCUCAGAAUAGUUGCACUGAAUCUCUACUUCGCAGCACUGUCUGAUGCAUCAACAAAUUGAGCCAUUUUUUAAAAGUAAUAGAUACUCAUAGAUUGUCUUUUCUGAUGCACUGGACUGAAUUUUUACCUCAUCUUGCAAAGGCUGAUCAGCCUGAACUUCCUUAAGGACUUCACAAGAAAGGUUUCUAUGGAAUAUUUUACUCGUGGUGUUCACCGCAUCCCUCUAGUCUUAGAAGAUCACUCCUUGUUUUCUGUACUCAUUGAGUGGGGUGUCUGCAUAAGUGGGAGAGAAAAACCAAACAAUCUGCUUCAGUUCAGCGUUAACUUUUUAAUUGUGUGGGUCCAUAAACUUUUUAAUGGAGAUUUCUGACUUCGCCACUGUAAAUGCCUUUAAUGAGCAUUAAUUUUGGAAAGUUUUACAGAGUUUUAUUAGUUUUCCUACUUUAUCUUCUUGAUCUCUACAGACUCGUGCUGGUGCAAGUACAGGCUGCCAGGCAAUUGCACUAUAUUUGGCUGCAAAUUCAGACCAGCAGCUCUCUGAUUUGGUUGGCUUUUGUGAAUGUGUAGCACAAACAGAUGUAAUCCAUGUCACAGUGACAGAUGACACUGCCAUGGUAAAAGUACUCAUGUUUCCCCCUCUUGGAAAAAAAAAUUAGCUUUUAGUAUUUUUCAAAGUUUUCAAAAGUGCCCAUUUUAUGCUGCUGUGUGGUUUGUUAGAUCUAAAUGGUUUUUAAACUUUUCUCAUAGAAAAUUAACUUUGGCAAUAAGCAUUUUUUAAGGUCCCUUCUCUUCCUCCCCCAACUGUGUAGUUUUCUAGAUGAGAUUUCGGUAUGAUUUUAUCAGCUAUUUCUUAUAGAUCAUAAUGUGGCAAUUUCUGAAACUGGUCAGAAAAGAUAUAUUUCCAUGACUUUUUAAAGAAUUAUUUUUAUCUGUUUUGUAGUCACCAUUGGUGUCCUGUCACUUUGUUUUAAAAUAAGCUAGAACCAGGAUGCUUCCUUAUCAGAUAGGCUUUGCCAGUCCUUAAGGUACAUUGAGCGAUGCUGCGACCUGCACAGAUGUACCAGCAUUUAAAACUUCUUUUCCCGGGAAUCAAGGUUACUCACACAGUCAUGUGCGGUGCAAAUUUUUUUGUUUCUCUUUCAACCUGAAAUGUACUUGGUGGGGUUUCCUUCCUUUCACUAGACUAAAACUGCAUAGAAAAGGUUGAUCUUUCUUAAUAGAUUCUAGAUCCCGCUCACAAGGAGACGGGUUCCUUUCUUGUCCAAACAAGGGAAGCUGAUCUAAAGCAAGCACCAGUGAAAGUGUAGGGAAAAAACACAUUUUGUAUUUAGUGUAGAUAACACUUUGUGAAUGGACAACAGUUACAUAGAGUCUUGGUAGUUCCAGCCAGUGUUUCCCAGCCCAGAUUUUACUGACAUGUGAUUCUCUAUCCUGGAACCUCAGAAGUGAGAGUUAGGGAAGGGGGUAAAAUCCCCAGAGCCACAGUCCCUAUGGCUGAGGAAGGUGCUGAGGGAAGAGACAGACACAAUGUGGGAAAACGGUUUUGCCCUCUCUGCCUGGACACUGCUGGUGGGAAAACACUGGAUCUGAUGGUGAAGGGUGUUUGCUUGAACUCAUUAGCCGGUCCAAAUCUCUUAAACUAGCCUUCUCAAAAUCCCAGCAAUACAAAGCACUGUUUUUUCUUCAGUCUUUUAAAGAAGCUUGUAAAUACAUUGAAGUUUACAUUUCCA